AUGAAGACAGGCGCUGCGAUCUACGAAUCCAACCGCAUCGCUGCCGCCAAAGCGAAACGUGAAGCCCGCAAAUCACAACUUCGCCCAGUAAGCAACGCUGCCGCACAACCGCGUCCAAAGUGUCCUCGAUGUCAACGGACAUUCCGGGCUCGAAUCGGACUUGUUGGACACCUUCGGAUCAACUGCACCUCUCAAACUGCUCCAGGCAUCAUCCCCCUGCCCGCCUCUUCCUCCUCCUCUCUGCCGCCAACUAACUCUGACAAUUCUUCUGACCCACCACCACUACCAUCAUCAUCAUCAUCAUCAUCAUCAUCAUCAUCAUCAUCAUCAUCAUCAUCAUCAUCAUCAUCAUCAUCAUCAUCAUCAUCAUCAUCCUCCUCCUCCUCCUCCUCCUCGCCCACUGCUCCAACGGCGGCCGCUCAGGCGACUGUCCCGCGCACAGCAACCGACAUUACCACCACCUCCCCCGACUCCAGGGAUGAGGAUCAGGACUACACCUGCCCUCACUGCGACCUUACCUUCACCUCACACAUCGACCUGGUCGGUCACUUGCGAAUCCAUCGCACAGAGACUGGCGAAGCAGUGCGUGAAGCACCAACCUACACCCACCGCACUCGCCUCCACUGCCCACACUGCCCUCGCACCUUCACGCAUCGCAUGCGCCUAACCGGCCACAUGCGCAUCCACGACGACUUGCGGUAG